AUGAAGUCCACAUUUUGGCUUUCUGUUACGUUAACUUUAUUCUGUUUGGUCCAAUCAGAGAAAUGUACUGUUCAAGAGGAUGACGUGUACGACGCUGGUCUGAAAACGGUCCUAGAGGGACGAUCUGUUGGGAUUGAUUGUUAUCGGGGCAAAAGAUUUCAUCUUAACCAGAAGAUCUAUAAUCUGAGCUGGUAUAGAAAUGGAAGCGAAGAGCCCAUAACUAAAAAAACAGAUUCCAGAAUACAACAACAUGAUAACAUGCUUUGGUUUCUUUCUGCAAAUGUUAAAGAUUCUGGAUUCUACACAUGUGUUGUACGGGAGUCAGCAAGAUGUUACAAAAGUGUUGUGAGACUUGAAGUUUUCAGCAACAGAGAAGGCCGGUGUUUUAAUGAUGAACCAUUAAAUACGCAAAAGAUACCAAUAGGAUCAAACGCAAAGCUUGUGUGUCCUGCCUUGGAGGGUUUUAAAGAAGAUAUGAAUACUUUGUCUUUCCACUGGUAUAAGGAAUGUAAACAGCUGGAAGGGGAACGAUUUGGCUUCCACGGCAAGGAUUUUAUAAUCGACAAUGUGAAUUCAGAUGAUUCUGGAAAGUACCAGUGCAACGCAACAUACACUUAUGAGGGGAGCAAAUAUAACAUUUCAGGAAGCAUUUUUGUAAUUGCUGUAGGUAAUCCAGAGAGAAAAAUAACUGAGAUUCUGUACCCAAGAAACAACACAAUUGAAGCGGAACUUGGAUCCACUGUGUUUGUAGAGUGCAACGUGUCAACUUUCCGAGACAGUGUUAUUUAUAUUUCCUGGAAGGUCAAUAAAACUCUUGUUGAUGAUCUGUUUAAGGGUAGAAUUAAAGAGGGAUCUCAAAACGAUUUUCUCCUGGAAAAUGGGCUGUUUUCUGUAGUGUCUCUGAACAUCACAGAACUGAGACAUGAAGAUUAUGGUGAGCGGUUUGUCUGCUAUGCUGGCGAAGUAGCAGCAUACAUCUCAGUGCAACCCCCAACUGUACAUUAUAUUAGAUACUUGAUUGGAGGCCUUGCUGUACUAAUAUUUGUUACAGCUGUUCUCGUGCUAAUCUACAUGUUGUUCAAGAUUGACAUCAUACUUUGGUACCGAAAGUCAUGCCAUCCUUUUCUUCAUAAAAAAGUUGCAGAUGGGAAGAUCUAUGAUGCAUAUGUGUUGUCUCCAAAAACCCACAACCCAGAUUGCUUUGUUCUGAAAGUACUUCCUGAGGUUUUGGAGAACCAGUGUGGAUAUACUCUAUUUAUAUUUGGUAGGGAUGACUUACCAGGAAAAGCGCUGGUCACUGUUAUUGAUGAAACUAUUAAGCAAAGCAGAAGGCUGAUCAUUAUUUUAAAGUCAGGAUUGCCAAGCUACAACUUAUUAGAAGAGGCGCCUGAGCAGCAGAUAGCGCUAUACAACGCUCUCGUGCACGAUGGAAUGAAAGUAAUCCUGAUUGAAAUAGGUAAAAUCAAGGAUUACAGUAACAUGCCAGAAUCCAUUCAAUACAUUAAGCAAAAACAUGGAGCCAUCCGAUGGAAAGGGGACCUCGCAAAGAGUCAAUUUUAUUCUGCAAGUACCAAAUUCUGGAAAAAGGUCAGGUAUCAAAUGCCACCAGGACAUCUGAUCUCUGCACAAUUACCUUUGGUGGAAACAUCGCUUGAUGCGUGUCAAACGAAAGGAAGAUGA